AUGAAGGCUUCUAUUGUUCUGUCUUUUGCUGCUGCCGCCAUGGCUAGCGUUAUCGAGCGUACCAACGGUUGUAAUGCCGAUAACUGCGCUCGUGCCGUCACUGGCACUCGCGACGGUCUGCCCCCUAUUUCUUCUCGCAAGGCCGAUUGCUCCAGCUUUAUGCGAGCUACUGUCACUCCAAAGGCUACAACCACCACCAUCACCAUUACUGUUCACCCCGAUAUUACUCCCAAGCCCAAGAACGAUAUCAACUACGCUGCCGCCACCGUCCAUCCCACGGCUGUCCCAGCCUAUGCCUCUUCUUGCGACGGUGCUAAGCGAUACUCCUCUGUUUGCUCUUGCUGGGGCAUCACUGCCACCACCGUCACCGCUCACACGCCUACAAAGACUGAGAUUGUCACCGUUACCCAGAACUACUGUGAGCUGUAG